AUGUCCGCCCAGAGAAUGAAAAUCGGCUGUGCCGGCCUCGGUCGCAUGGGCAAGCGCCACGCCCUGAACUUCCUGGAGCGUACUCCCCGCGCCGAGCUGGUGGCCGCCAGUUCGCCCGACCCCGUCGAGCUUGAAUGGGCCAAGACGCACCUUGAACCCUUCGGCGUGCGUCUGUACCAGAACUACGACGACAUGUUGAAGCAUGAGGGCCUGCAAGCUAUCGUGGUUGCAUCGGCUACCGCGGUGCAUGCCGAGCAGGCGAUCAAGGCGAUCAAUGCUGAUAAGCACGUUCUGUGUGAGAAGCCUCUGUCGACCAGUGUGGAAGUGUCCCAAUCCGUCGUCGACGCAGCCAACAAGAGACCUCACCUGAAAGUGAUGUGCGGAUUCUCCCGCCGCUUCGACAACUCCUACCGCGACGCCUUCAAGAAGAUGAGCGCCGGCACAAUCGGCACACCCUCCGUUCUGCGCAGCCAGACCUGCGACAAGCUCGACCCCAGUGGCUUCUUCGUCGCAUACGCGCAGUUCUCAGGCGGUAUCUUCGUUGACUGCUCCAUCCACGACAUCGACCUGACACUGUGGUUCUUCGGUUCCGGCAGCAAAGUCAAGUCCGUUUCAGCGGUUGGAAUCACGGCCGUGGAACCGGAUCUCCGUAAGCACAACGACCGCGACAAUGCAGUCGGUCUGGUGGAGUUCCACGACGGCAAGAUCGCGUACUUUUACGCUUCGCGCAUGAUGGCUGCGGGCCAGGAAGAUACCACCGAGAUCAUCGGUACCAAGGGCAAGGUGACCGUCAACGCGCAGCCCCAGUUGAAUCUGGUCAAUCUGUUUGAUGAUACCGGUGUUCGUCGCGAGAUUCCUCAGAACUACUAUGAUCGCUUCGAGUAUGCUUUUGUCACCGAGGCUAAUGAGUUCACGGCUUGCGUCCUGGAGAACAAGGCUUUGCCGUUGGAUUUGAAUGCGGCAGUGCAGGCGGUGCGGAUUGGCGCUGCUUUGCAGGAGUCGUUGGUCUCUGGCAAGAAGAUCUUCUUUGAUGUUAAUGGGGACCGGACGGAGGUUUCGAGGCUGUGA